AUGUACUGGUUCAUUAGGUUUUUAUGUUUUGUACGCAUUUUCGCGGAGGGUAGUUUUCAAAAGCAAUAUUAUGAAGAAGAUUCUACUAUAGAUGUAUUUGACUUAACUCAGCCCACAAUUUGGCAAGAGUUAAAUGAAUAUUACAGUGCUAUUGAAAAACAUUGGAAAAUAUGCAUUAAUUGUGGAGUACCCGGCCUCGGUACCGCUAUACAUUUAGAGCACACGGGCUCUUCUGGCAUGAAACCUGCUAUCAUUCCUCCAGAAUAUUUAGUGACUAGAUUGACAUUAAUUGACGUAAGCUACUUAACGAAGAUGGAGUCUAAUUUUGUCCUAACUCUCGAUGUCGCUUUGCAAUGGCCAGUUAUAAAGCAUGAUUCCAAAGAACCUACAUUGAUUCUCUUCAAUUUUGGAUGGAAACAAACAAAUCUCAAAAGAAAAUGUGUUUGUAAAAUUCCUGGUCUAAGUUACGAUCUAGCUUCAUGGAUCGCUGCUAACUUAAGCCACGUGGUGGGAGUGGCCACGGAUGCACCAACAUUAGAGUCUGAUCAGACAAGAGAGAUGACGUCAUACACUGUGUCUAACAUUCUCGCUAAGAGUGGGAUUUAUAUGAUUGAGAAUGUAAAUUUUCGGAAACGGCUGCCUGAACGUGGGUGUAUGACAAUAGCCAUGCCACUAAUGAUGUUAGACGCGAGCUACGUGCCGACUCACCUCACUGCCUUCUGUCCGUCGCGACAGAGCGACAGACAAGUUACUAUCGCAUUAAAGAAAGCAACAACAACUUUCUCUAAGAGCAGAAUCAACGAAGUAGAUUUGAAUGAGAUUUUGAAU